AUGUCAGCAUCAAAGAAAGCCAAGCUUGAGCCCGAAGAGGCUACCAUAAUUCUUGCUAAGAAGACUCAAUCUGCACGCGAUCAAAUCCGAGGACUUGUCAACAGUCUACCAGACCAGCAGGCUGAGGCUAUCAUUGCGAUCCUCAAUAGUCCAGAGCAAAAUGAGAAUGGAGAACAAGACACUGGCUUUGUUUGGGACAAGCUGCCAGCGGAGGUCAAGAAUACCAUCUAUCGCCUCAUCUUUGUGUCCAACAAGCCAAUAAAGCCACAUAUCAAUUGGCCCAACCUGAUUCAUCGGCGCCACAUCAACAAGUUUGACCUUGGAGCCCAGUUCCUUCGGUGCAGCAAGGCCAUCUACGCCGAAGCGCACCCAAUCUUGCGUUCCGAGAACGUCUUCGAAAUCGGUGUCCAUUUCCGCACUUGUCUUGGUGAGGACAAGAACUCCCUGAACUCAUCGCUGAUCCGGAAAGCCAUCGUUCGAGCGGAGAAGUAUAGUUCGACGAUCCAUGGGGCCUUCAUGCGACUUCCCAAAAUUGAGGAGCUCACUAUCGUUUCUCCCCUUCCAUGGGUCGGCUACGAGGCUAAGGCCAACAUCAAGGACAACGUGGUAAAGUCUUGGGACCGGGUCGACCUUCGUUUGAAGUACCAGAUCCGCCAUGGCUAUUAUAGCUGGCAGAAACCUACCAAGGUCUACUACGUGGCUGAGCGAGCGUUCGAGGCACCAGCAGGGCAGAAUAACCGUAUGGCACUUCGAUUCGAGGUCAAGUACAGUAAUAGGGGUCCAAAGGGAAGCAUUUUUGAUGAUGAAGACGAUGAUGAUCACAUUGACAUUGAUCUGUCGACCUCCGAGGGCGACGACCAGGUGUGGCAUAAUGGUCCGUACGACUUCACCCUCGUCAAGAGCAAGGAAUACUUUGUGAGAGGGGAAUGGAACUGGCCCGAGCUGCCCCGGAUCUGA